AAUUUCUCACCUGUGUGAGUUUUACGCUGACUUCAAGCGCUUGCGAUUUUAAAACGUACUGUCCUCCUAGAGGCGCUGACCGCAACAGCUUGCUAUCGUGGAAGUCACCGUGACAAAGUCCCGCCUAACUCUUUUAUCCGCUCGGUUCUCUGCCGUUAACCAGUGCGGUAAGCAGCGAGUAACCACCAGUCGCCUGCACGCCCCAUCCGGAACGCCGCGGCUUCACCCCACUGCGCGUCUGCACCGGAGUGAAAGCAGACGGGUGCAAGAUCAAGAGGAGGGAUUGAGCUGAACGCCGGGAGAAGCCCCAGUGUGGUCCGCGGGCGUGGGUGCAGUAUUGCCGCGGGACACAGCCGCGUGGUCCGAAGGCGUGGGUGCAGCCUCUUUUCGGAGAACACAAAUCUACUAUAGGCUGCACUAUUGAUGUCUAUAAUGCCAGACAACAAGGUUUAAAGCCGCUUCGGAAAAAAGAAAAGAAGAAACCAUCUCCGUUGCCAAGCGAGCGGGAAACAUCUCAGAGGGAAGACUUAUUGGGAGGUUUAUAAAGUGUCUUUCCAUCCAGCUGUGGAUUGAAAACGGUGGCAUCACGCCUGCAAGCGUAGUGACCGUGCUUACGGAGUUAGCAGGGGGCAGCGGCAGGUUGCUCUGCGGGAGCAGGCGCAUGGUACCCCGCUAAGAAACAAGACCAGAACGAUAGGAGACUGGGAAAGAAGGGUAAACAACGUGGACCACGUCAGGCGCACACAGACCGUAGGCAGACCACGCAGGCUGACGCCGGACUGUCAGGCGCACACAGACCGUAGGUAGACCACGCUAGGUCGAGAACAGACCGUCAGACCACAGACCGGACCGAGACUCAGGUCGAGACCGAACUGCCAGGCGCACACAGACCACGCUAGGCCAAGACCAGACUGCAAGAGGCACACAGACCGUAGGCAGACCACUCUAGGUCGAUACCGGACUGUCAGAGGCGCACAGUUGUCGGUAUGGCUGCCGAGCCUCAGCAGUACACGCAGCGGCUGGUGGUGCUGGGCGCCGCGGGGGUCGGCAAGUCUGCCAUCGUGGCCCAGUUCCUGUUCGAGACGUUCACCGAGAAGUACAAGAAGACGGUGGAGGAGCUCUACUGCACAGAGUACGACGUCUACGAGACCAAGGUCCGUCUGGACAUUCUGGACACGAGCGGUUCGUUUGAAUUUCCCGCCAUGCGGAAACUGUCAAUCACCAACGCCAACGCCUACCUCCUGGUGUACGCCAUCGACAACCCGCAGUCCUUCGAGGAAAUCAAGAACAUCAGACAGGAGAUCAUCGACAUUCGCGGCGAGGCGGGCAUGGCCAAGCUGCCGGUGGUGGUGGUGGGCAACAAGUGCGACCUGGAGGACAAGCGGCAGGUGCCCAAGGAGGACGCCGAGCUGGUGGUGGAACUGGCCUGGCAACACGUCUUCUUGGAGUCGUCCGCCAAGGAGAGGACCAACGUCGUCAACAUCUUCAAGCAGCUGCUGCACCAGGCGCACAUCCCGUGUCACCUGUCCCCCGCACUGCGCAGGCGCAGGGCCUCGCUCCCCGUCACGCCCAGCACCAACGGUCACGUGCCUCACGGCAAGGACGAGGAGAAGCCGAGCAUGCGCAGACAGAACACUAGAAGAAGAAGCUCUUGCAAAGUCCAGUAGCUAUGGCAACGGGAUCUUGUCCUGGACAGUUGAAGUUUUAGAAUCAGCUCACGGACAGAACAGAAGCUGUUGAUUGGAUGAGGGAACAUGGUGAAGCUUGGAGCAUCGCAUAUCAAUACUAUCUUAAAACAAUCACUUUUUUAAAUGUUUGAACGUGCAGUGGGAAUGUGACAAUUCUACUAUAUCCUGUCCGUGUAUAGUCAAAUGUUAGUCGUCGUUAUGUACGCACAUAGCCCAGUACACACUGCCCAGAUACAGAAAGAAAUGACUUCGUUCACCAGCAUCUGGUCAUAACGCGAACUUAUGAAACCCUCCCAUGGGGGCGUUAGACUUUGUAACGGGGCUUCUGUGACGCAGUGACGUGACAAUGACGAAGAUUUGGAGUGUGGAGGUUUGUAUUCAACAAAGCACGGAUACAGUAGGUUAGGGCCAGGUUCUAUACGUUGCAAGACGCAUAUAUAGUCGGUUCUUGGGGACAAUUUAAAAGUUUUGAAGGGUGCCUCGAAUGUGGCGCCAGUGUGUGCAGAGGUCUUAAUGCCAUCUCUGAUGUAUAUGAUCUAUAUCUAUUGAGACACAGCAAUAAACCAGCACAAAAUCAGUGUUAUGAUUAUGAUGAAAUAUUAAUGAAAUCAUCAGACGAGGAAAAUUACGCACUCCAGUAUAAGGCUGUAUAUAAACGCCCAAGCUCGUUUUAGUCUGAACUCCGAUGUGAGUAUGGUUCCUAUGGGAAUUGAGUGCUUCUGAAGAUACUUCGAAACUAGCUGGAUCAUAAGGUAAAUGCCAAACGAUGAACAGCUACGCUGUAGGCAUGUUUGGAUUAAGUGUUUUAUAUGUACGGGUGACUUGGGCGUAGGAGUAAUUGUUAUGUUAUCAACGAGACGGUCUUUGAAGUUGUGAAAGUCUGUUUUAAUGGUAUGUAGAUGUCGAGCUGUGCGUGUAUAAAAUUGUAUUGAUCAGAUUUUGUAGUUUUGUACUCAAGGCCAUAGUUUUACUGUAUACUCAGCAUUGGGAAAUUCGUUCAGUACGGAAAAAUUGCGCCAUUUUCGUUAGAUUUUGCACCACCCACUUUCUUGUGGGUGGAAAAGACUGGAUAAUAUUUCACAUAACAGAUCGUUGAAACGGAAAAGAACCAGUGGGCUGUUGGAAAAUAGUAGAAAUGAGGGAAAUAGACUGACUAACAUACAACAGAAGUUAGUCAACCAUAGGAUCGGAGUACACUUUGCAAGUGUUAAGGGUCCUCUGGUUUAAUAUUUAGGCCAUUUUCCAUUUUGUAUUGUUUUCCAGCAGCCCUUGGAGUCUGAUAGAGACUAGAGAUAAUAAACUGUUUGACAAGUGAUGAAGUGACC